AUGUCCCAAGUCACACAUUUGGCCCAAGUCGCCAAAGAGACGGCCUGUUCCGUUCGGGACCAAUUGAGGGAGCAGCUGAAGUCUGUGGAUCCUCUGAUUCUUGUUUCGGCCGUUUGUAUUUCCACGUAUACUUGCACACGCCUUUGGCAGCUUCAUCUUGAUGAAUUUGGUGGGUUCCUGGAGUUCAUUUUGGAGUUAUCUGAUCAAUAUCAGACCUACCUUGACCGUACUUUCAUUCGGAAAGGCAUCCAUUUUUUCCAUAGGUUCAAAAUAACUGCCUUGAAGUUUAAAUUAACUCACCUAUAUUUUAUCAGUGAAAUUUCGGCCAAAUUAAAUAUUUUUUUGAUUAGAACAAAGUGGACAUAAAAGGUGGAAGUGUGGUAAAAUAUAAAAUAGAAACUGUCGUUGAUUUCUUGGAAAAAAGUUUUUUUCUGAAACUCAAGUUUGAUCUUACUGAUUUUCAAUGAAAAGAAAUGUUAUCAGUUCUAUUUUGACCAAACUAGAGAUAACUUCUCCUGAAGGCGAAACCCGAAAAACGGAGUAAAAAGUUUACGAUGUCACUAAGACUCUUAAUCUCAAAAUAGAAACCCUGAUUGGAACCAGUUGUUAUCAGUUAAGGGAAACGGUUUAUCAGUGAAACUUUGUUCUUGUUUGUAUGUAGUUUGGAGAGCCGGACCAUUCUUCAUUUGUUGUUGAUGUUCUUAUCGAAGUUUAUAGGGAGAAGUUUCUGAUGUAAUUGUUUCCAAGAAAACAAGGGACUGAGAGAUCAAAUUCAUCUGCUUAAAAAAAUUAAAAAAAAAUCAAGGCUCCAAGUAUUUUUUUUUCAGUAUCAAGAUUAGAGAAACAGGGUUACGAAUCAAAUUUUUCAAGCUUAUGCUGAAAAUUUGUUAAUUUCUCCAUUUGGGCUAAAAUUGAAGUAGUCGGGUUACGAUAUGAUUUUCGGAAAUUCGAUCAAAAUUUCAAAACAAGGUGUUCCACUGAUCAGGUUUUUGACCCAGAAUCCCUCGACUAGACUCAUUCGUCAAAGGUUCAAUGGACCGCGCUUUUUAGGGUGUAAUAAUUUCUGUUGGGAAAGACACUGAUCUGUUAUCUUUUUGCAGGUAUUCGUCGACGGGUCAAAAACUCGCUUUUCAGUUUCGUCAAGAGCAUUCCCUUCGUCCGAGCUGAGAUCGAUGUCAGUUUGAAGUUUGAGAGAUCUCAGGAAAAAUUAUGAAAAUUUUACGGGAGUUCGGUAAAAUUUGAGAAAAUUUGAGAAGUUUAGGAAUACUUUUGAGAAAUUUUAAGGGUCAUAAGAAGAUAGAAAAGUUAAAAUAAAUAAGUGAAAGUGAUAGAAAAUUCAAAGGCGCAAACGAACUUUAAAGUUUAAAGGAGCAUGAAAGGAAUUUCAAAAAAAGUUUUGACGCUAAGAGCUUUCCUGAAAUCCUGAACUUGAGGAACCAUCGUAGAAAAGCUUUGAGAAAACUUUGAUUGAAAUUCGGAGGAACAUAGUCAUUCUUUAACUACAGUAAUACGUUUACGGUAGCCAAAAAGAAAAAUCCGCGUCUUUCUUAACCAACGGAAAAUCAGAACAAACUACACACAUAUUUUGAAAGCCAUUUUAAGGCUACAGUAACUUGCUUACGGUAGCCAUGAAAGCUCCGAAAUCUCGCAUCUAAUUGAGUGGACGAUCGAAAGAACAAACUACAUUCAUUUCGCCAAAAAUAGUCACAUCUGAGGAAAAUAGUCACAUCUACAAUGAACCGGUUACUGUAGCUUUGAACGAUGUCUUUUGUGAUGAACCAUCGGAACAUCCAAUCAGUGGAACAAACUACACACACAAAAUGGUCGAAGCAAGUCAAGAAGACAUCAGUUUCUAAUCGGACCGAGUCAAUCACGAUGAUCUGAUGACGAUGACAGAAAUUCGCCGAAAACGAGAAACUUUGUCCGCAUCAGGCCUUCGUGUCGCGUGAUUUGGUUCUGAUUCUCUCUGUUUUCUGACUUAUUUCUACUUUUUUUUUGAUUUAGUGGUUUGGUCUUUUUGUUGUAAGUUUGAGGUACGAUUGAUUCAAAGUCGGAAAAACAAUUACUGGAAGUGAACAGGGGGGGGAAUAAAUUUUGAAGAGAUUUGGAAAAAGAUAGCUUUGAAAAAAACCUAAUUGAGCUGAAACUUGCUAUUCAUCGCAGUAAAUAAUAUUUAUUCACAUCUUUCACGGUAGCUUGAAAGACGAGAAAUGGAAGGCUUACUGUAAAAAUCGUGUUGAAAACAAUUUUCGAAUAAUUUAUUUGUUUUACAGUGGCUGAGAUUAGCUGUGAAUCUGCUAUCUUUUGAAUAACUUCCAAUAUUUUUUACUACCUUAAAGGUCAAUAAAAAGAACUAGAAGAUUUUUCAACAUUUCCAGCAAAAAAUAAAUCAAUUCAGAAGCAACUGGCCGAGGUGAACGAAGAACUGGCCAACUCCUUGGUCUACCAUGGAGAUAAUGGGAAAUUCUUCACGAGUCUUCCCGCCAACGGCUUCGGCAGUGAGGAGCUCGUCCAGCUCGCCGAUAUUUAUGAUCGAAUGGGUGAAUACUUUUUUUUAAAUGCAUGGCGGUAAGCCUCAACUUUGGUACUAGUUGCGCCAGACUUUGAGCGACUUUGAGCGACUUUCUUGUCUAUAAUACAGUAGUAUAAAAAUAGGCGCAAGUAGUUUUGAGUCCGGUGCCGGUUCAAAAUGACUACGAUUGCCAUUGAGCCAUUAUGAGCCAUUAUUGAGCCAUGAACCAUUAUCAAACGCUCCAAAUGAAAAAUCAUUAUAUAGUUUCUGGAAGCUUUUUGAAACUUUUAAUCGUUUGAAAUUCUUCCAGAAGGCCCGAAAUACCUGGAAGGCCGUGUUUCCGGCGCCGUUUUCAGUGACGAAUCCGACAGCGAGGAGAUGAAAACCUAUGUUGAGGUGAUUUUUCAAAAAAAAAAAAAAAUCCUCCAUUAAUCAAAAACCCUUCAGAUCUUCAAAAAGUUCGCCUGGUCCAACCCUCUUUGGCCGAAACUUUUCCCUGGCGUCCGGAAAAUGGAGGCGGAAGUCGUGAGAAUGUGCUGCGAUAUGAUGAAUGGAGACGCGGAGACCUGCGGAACGGUUUGGAGAUCCGGGAAAAUAUUGGAAAAUAUUGAUGUUUCAGAUGUCGACUGGAGGAUCUGUCUCGAUUAUGCUCGCCGUGCUGGCCCAUAGAAAUCGGCUCCUGCGCCGCGGAGUUACUCAUCCUAAUAUGUGAGUAGAAAAAAGAAGGAUAUAUUCAUGGCUAACUUGGGUCAUUUUUCUUCUGAAAGAAUUUGCGAAUUUUAGGAGAAGGUCUUGAGAAGAAUAUAGAGGAAAUAGCACGCAAAAUGUGGAGAUUCAGACAUUCUAAGAGCUAUGGUUUCAAUUUGUAGUGGAUUUCUUGUCGCUGGUAGUUGAAAAUUUGAGAUUUUUCAAAGAAGUUAGUUCCUAAAUAAUAGACUUUAAAGUGAUUUUUUUGAGCUCGUUUAAUUUCUAAAAGUUCUGAAGUCGUAGUAAAUAUGAAGUUAAAUCAAAAAAACCCUGUGAGAACCACAAAAGUGUCGUUUCUUUCACCAACUUAUGAGUUUUGAAAAUCGAUGAUUUUUUUGAUUUUUUUUUUCAGGGUGAUCCCAAGCUCGGCUCAUGCCGCCUUCACCAAGGCCGCCGAAGUCUUCCGAAUCAAAGUCUACAGAGUUUCUGUGGAUAAGAACACUUUCAAGGUGAAUCUGGUGGAUCCAAGUGCCUGAGCUGUUCUGAAUCAAAUAUUCAAAUUUUUAUGGUUAUAUCCCGUUUUUUAGGUCAACCUCAAAGAAAUGGAGAGCUACAUCAGCUCGCGAACAUGUAUGUUGGUUGGCUCGGCGCCAAACUUCCCCUUCGGAACUGUCGAUGAUAUCGAAGCGAUCGCGAAACUUGGACUGAAGGUUACUGUAGCUUUCGUUCCAAAAAAGAAUUUUGAAUUUUCAGUACGACGUUCCGGUUCACGUCGACGCCUGCCUUGGCGGCUUUCUCCUUCCUUUCAUCGACGAGAAAAUCGCCUACGAUUUCCGAGUACCUGGUGUCAUUUCUAUGUCUGCUGAUUCUCAUAAGGUGAGAAUUGAGAUAAUUUAGAAAACUUGGGCGUCUAAGAAAAUUCUAGUCUGAAUUAGUUGGUGAAUUUCGUGCAGUUCGAGAUCCUAAAUGGUUUCGUUUAGGAAGCCAGAAUGAUGCCUUAAAAGUAUUCCCAAAAAAAAUUUGAUUUUUCACAUCAGUAAAAAGUCGUUUUCAGUACGGUUUGGCGCCGAAAGGAUCAUCCGUGGUGCUGUACCGGAACAAGGAGUACCUCCACAACCAGUACUUCUGCGACGCCGACUGGCAAGGCGGCAUCUAUGCCUCGGCAACCCUCGAAGGCAGCCGAUCUGGCCUUAACAUCGCCCUCUGCUGGGCAGCCAUGCUGUACCACGGAAGAGACAACUACGCCACCUACGCUCAGGACAUCGUCCGGACCACUAGAGCCAUUCGUGAUGGGUUCGUUUUUUUCUCAUUAGAGGGAAAAAUCUCAGGGAUGACUGACAGGAAAAUGGAAAACCAAGGGCCAUCCGACUUCAUUCUGAUAACAAAUAAUAUUUUCAACGUUCCAGACUCGCCACGAUCCCCGGAAUCCGUCUCCAAGGCGACUCGGACAUUUGCAUCGUCAGCUGGACGACAGAAGACGCCUCGUUGCUGCCGCGGUUCCACAACCAGAUGAAGGAACGCGGCUGGCAGUUGGGCAACCUUCAGUUCCCCGCCGGGUACUGACAAACUCCCUUGCAACUUUAAUUGAAGACAUUUUUGCAGAGUUCACAUCAUGGUGACGAUGAACCACACCAAGCCGGGAAUCUGCGAGAAGUUGGUCUCCGACUGCCGCAGCUCGAUCAGCUACGUCAAGGAGAACCCGCCAGCGCCUUCCGAGAAGACCUGCGAGGUGAGGAGUUGAUUUUGGACGUCCUUGAGUUUGAGGAAUUUCCAAAGCCUAAUAAACUGCCCAAGGACAUUUUUGAAACCAUAAAUUUCCGAUUUAAGGCCGCAAUCUACGGGAUGGCUCAAGGGAUCCCGGACCGAACGAUUGUCGCCGAAUUCGCCCAUUCCUACCUCGACGCCUGCUACGCCUACACCAAGGCGAAAUAA